AAAUAGGCUCACGAUAACCGCCAAAAUGGGACAGGAUGUCUUCAUGAACUUCGGCUUCCCGAAGCAGGCCGACUACUCAAUUUCCCACUGGCUUCAGUCAGUCAAGGAUGAUCCACUUUUGAAUCAUCGAACCACGCCAGAGUUGCCGCAGUCUGCUGACGUUGUGAUCAUCGGAUCCGGGAUGUCCGGGACGGUAACAGUCAAGCACAUUAUCGAGACGUGGCCGACCAAGAAAGUGCUGGUGAUUGAGGCGCGACAAUUCUGCUCCGGGGCUACAGGUCGAAACGCUGGCCACUGCAAACCGGAUCAGUGGCGAGGAUUUCUGGAGUAUGAGCGAGCCUUUGGCACGGAGCAGGCUCUGAAGAUCCUAGAAAACGAACAGCAGACAUGGUCGGAAGUAGUACGAUAUAUAACAGAGAACAAUGUCGACUGCGAACACUGGACCGGAAACACAUUGGACGUUCCCAUCACCCCCGAGGCAGCGCAUAAGGCCCAUACCACUUUCGAACGCUACAGAGCGGCAGGUGGCAAGACUGAUCACAUUCAAGUGACCCAUGAUCCCAAAGAAGCAGCUGAGAUAUCCCAAAUCGAAAAUGCUAGAGCAUGUUACGCAUGGGCCGCUUCCACGUUGCAUCCGUGGAAGCUUGCGGCGCAUAUUAUGCGAGAGAACCUCAAGCGAGGUGUGAAUCUACAAACCACCACCAGGGCUAUUGUCGUCGUCCCUUCCGAGAAGAAGUCGGGCCCCUGGGUUGUCAAGACCGACCGUGGCGACAUCGAGUGCUCCGAAGUCGUUCAUGCAUCCAAUGCCUACAGCUCCGCACUCGAGCCGUCUCUGCGCGGCUUGAUCACCCCACGCCCGCAGAUGUGCAACCGGGUCACGCUUCCCAAGGCGCCAGAAAACUUUGCGGGCUUCAGGAGCUCAUAUGGUAUACUUCUUGGUCGUAACGACCUUAUUAGCAUCAAUCCUCGCCUGAACGGAGACGGCGCCGUCCUGUUCGGCGGCAGCAACCCAGGUCAAGAAGAGUUCAUGAGAUGGCUUGCGGAAAAUCCCGAUCGAUGCACUGAUGAUGGAAUGACUGGAUAUGACUCCAUCAGCAAGGCUGUCCAGGCUUUCGCAAUAGGCGAAGUGAAAGGCUGGUCGGAUGAGGCAUUACAAGAAGCAGAGGCUUAUACCCAGGCGUGGAGUGGUAUCAUGGGCAUGAGUGCAGAUGGACUGCCAUUUGUCGGCGAGCUACCGGGUCUUCGGGGUCAAUGGGUUUGUGCUGGACAUAACGGCCACGGGAUGGCACGGAUCUUCACUGCUGCAGCCGGCUUGGUGAAAUUGAUGGGCGGGAGCGCUUGGGCAGAGACACAGCUCCCUGAGGCUUUCCAAAUCACGUCAGAAAGAGCUGAGCAACUGAGAGAGCACUCACAAAUAUCGGCUGGAGUGGGCACGCGUCUCUGAUCAAAUGCGAUUAUUUGACUUAACCCAGAACAUGUUUCAAAUCUAGUCACAUACAAGCACAUACGACCACAGGGUGUGGAAAAUAGGGCUUCCCGUCCGCUCAGCCGUACUCAAGCC